CAGCCUGCCAUAUGCUUUGCAAACACAGAUAGCUUAAGGUGGCCAUGAAAAGCAAAGUAGCCACAGCUUGUAAAGUGACAGCCAUUGACACCUACAAAUAGGAGACUCUUCUAGCUACCUCCAUCGAUCGUAGAAGCUCAAUCAACCUCUCUUAUCUGGUCAGUAGGUUUUGCUUUGCAGGGAUGGCAAAGUGUAAUGCUAGUUAUGGUCUUGGGCUUGCUUGCUUUGCCGUUGCGGUGGCAAUGGCCGGUGCAACUCGGUUCCAGGUCGGCGGCGGCUGGAGCCCGCCUGCCGCCGGCGCGGAGUCCUUGAACACUUGGGCGGAGAGGACCAGGUUUCAGAUAGGAGACUCGCUAGAGUUCGUGUACCCCAAGGACAAGGACUCGGUGCUGCUGGUGGAGCCGGCGGACUACAACGCCUGCAACACGUCGUCGUACGUCAAGAAGUUCGACGACGGCGACACCGUCUUCACGCUCGACCGCUCCGGCGCCCUCUUCUUCAUCAGUGGCAUCGAGGCCCACUGCCGGGCCAACGAGAAGCUCAUCGUCAUGGUCCUCGCAGCCGGACGGAACGGCACCGGCGGCGCGCCGGCGCCUUCCACCUCAUCGUCCCCGCCGCCGUCGUCUCCUCCUCCUGCCAGCUCCAGCCCGCCGCCGCCGUCUCCUCCCGCGCCCACACAUAAUGCUCCGACCACCGCGUCACCGCCGCCUCCCGGCUCCGCUCCCCGUCCAGCCUCUGCUCCUACCACAACGCCGAGCACACCGCCCCCUGCUGCUCCGGCGUCGACCCCGCCAGCUGCCCCGGCCGGUGCCCCGCCGCCGUCCGCAGCGAGCUCGCCGACUCAGAGCGCACAAGGGACGCCGACGAACUCGACGGGCACAUCGCGGCCUCCCGCUGGCUCCGACCAUCGGAACGGUGCCGCCCUCACGGUGGCCGCAGGCCUCGCCAGCUCGUUGGGGGCCUGCGUCCUUGGCUAUGCCAUGCUUUCUCUCUGAAGCGAACCCAGCUACUGAUUGUUCCAACGAACGGAAGGCUCACGAUUUGCACAUGUUCUUGCAAUCUUGCAUUCGUUUUCCAUUGGAUGAAUAAGAACUAAGAAGUGAAACGUGUAUGCUGCCCAGAAGAUAAUAUGUGUGAAUGGUUGUGCGUCUCUUUUCCAA